ACCAGCCGUUCACAAAAAGCCGGGUAAGCCUGCACCGGCAACCAUGAAGGAACCAGAGCAAGAUGAGGAAAAAACAGAAAAAGAAAGCAAAACUCGCAAGGUCGUGGCUGAGGAGGACAAUGUGGGUAAGGACAUCCUAGAUAAAAACAAGGCGGGGAAAGAAGAACCGGGCAAGACGGCGGCCGACAAAGACAUAGGAAAGCAAGCGAAAUACCAAGCAAUCAAGGGUAAACCGAAUGGGGAGAAAGCGACUCAGCAGAAAGCAAGCAAGGACAAAGGGGAAAAAGGCAUACCAGAUGAACCUCCGGGUGGUGACGAGGCUUAUGAUGUUGAGUUGGCUCAGACGGAAAUAGACGGCGAGCUGGAAGCUACAAAGAAAGACAAGGCAAAAUCCGAGCCCAAGGAAAAGACAGCAAUGCAAGACAAGAAAGUCAGAAAGGAUGCCAAGGAUCCUGAGGCGCGCUCGGAAAUAAGCACGAUGGCUAAGCUCAAGAAAUUGGUCAAGAAGUCUCCAGUGAAGGCCAAAAAGUCGGAGGAAGGAAAAGCGACCCAAGAAGCUCCUAAGCCCGCCUCAAGCAAGUCUGGAAGCAAGGAAAAGCCCAAAAAGUCGCCACCGCCGAAGAAGCCUCCCGCGAUGAAGCCGCCUGUGAAGACGCCGACUGCGAAGCCGUCUACGAAGUCCAAGGAACGGGAUAAAUCACAAGGGCGUGCGAGCAUUUACGGGCAGGAGACCAGGUUCGCCGAGGAGGCAAGCGUCAGGGAAGUGAGUGCAGCAUCGGCUGGCGACGCAUUUCCUGAGGACUUCGGCAAAACCGAAGAGGAGGAGGAAGGCACUCCACCUGUGCUGACGGAGGAACAGCGCACGCUGUUCUUUCGCGACGGCCGACGGCGCAUCGACAUCGUGCUCGCCUACGAGGAGACGGAUAACCCUGUGCACGAGCGCUACCGGCGCAUCUUUCACGAGAGCAUCGUCGCCGAGGCCUCGAGAUAGAGAUU